GAAUGUCUGGAAUGACAACACGAACUUUAGCUGAUCUAGUCCAUUUUCCAAAUUUAGAAUUUAUUAGUAUGUUUGGAAAUAUUUAUGAAGAUGGAUUAGGUAUAGAAGAUGCUUUUUUGAUAUUCACGGAGAUUUGUUCAUUGAUUCGACAAUUUACUUUGAAAGAAUGUCCAGAUUUAACUGACAAUUGCGUCCUAUACUUGGUAAUGUCUUGUGUUAAUUUGGAGGAGCUCACAUUGAAUGGAAGUUAUAAAUUAACUGAUGAUGCGGCUCAACAUAUUGGAAAUUAUUUUAUUGAAUUGAAACAAAGUAAUAUAUCCGAUGAUUCAUUGAAGAAAUUUGCUGAUUGUUGUGAUAAACUAAAGAUAGUUAAUAUUGACUGGUGUUUUAAUAUAACUGGAAGUGGUGUCGCAUACUUAGUUAAGAAAUGUGGAAAAACGAUACAACUUUUAUCAAUGGUUGAAUGUCAUAAUGUUGCGCCUGAUGCAGCUAAUCUUGCUAAGAGUGUACUUAAACAACAUG